GAAGGACAAGAGAAAGGAUACUAUAUCAACAACAAUAACAAAAUGAAUUCAUCACCGUCAUUAACGAUUGUCUCUUCAGUCUUAUUUCCGUAUCAUGCAGAAGAAUCACUUGUAAAGAGAAGAAAAAUAGGUACACAAACAUUACCAGGCGCAUGGAUAGAAGACAGUGAUAAUAAAGAUAGUACUGAAGAAGAAGACGAAAACUCUAUACCAACUAUUUUUGAUAAACCACACCAAUUGACAAUUUCUUAUCAACAAAAUAAUAUUGUAACUUCUGCUAAUGCAAGAGAAGAAGAUAUUGAACUCUUAAAAAAUACGAUUGCGAAUCUUAGAAAAGAAAAGGAAAGAUUAGAGGAAACAAACGAUAUUGUUAAAAGAAAUAUUCAAAUCGUUGCGAGAAAAAGGUUAUUAGCACAAUCAUCAGUAAAUAGCACUAAAAAAAAUAAAGCGAAAACUACAACUACUAGUGACAAUGAUGAUGAUGAUGAUGAUGAUAUCUAUAUUGUAGUACAAAGUGAUUUUAUACCAACUGAAGAAGAGUUAAAAGCAGCUGGUUUAGAUGGUUGGGAAUGGAUAUCUGCAUACUAGAAACAUAUAUGCUGCUAUACAAUGAUGACCUAUAUAAACUUUAUUACAAUAUAUAUAUAUGUAUAUAUGAUACACAUAUCACGGGAAGGGGAGAGUUUUAUUAUUAUUAUUAUUAUUGUUACUGCUUAAUAGAUUUAUUAAGUAUCUUCUGUCUCAGACUUAGUCAAACUCAAGCUAAUUUAUUUCUGAUGAAACUCUCACAGAAAAAUAUGUAGAAAAUACUUGUCUCGGAUCAUAAGUACUUGAAAGCAUGACCAGAUUAAAUAACAUAUUUAUUAUAAAUGGCCCGAGUAAUAUUAGUGCAUUAGUAUUUGAGCCUAUCUCCUCAUAUAUCAAAUUAAAAUAUAUCCUCUGGAAAAAAAAAACACACACACACACAUUGGCUUUAAUAAUAGUAUGAAAUAUAUCAAAUAAAAGAUACAAG